AUGGAAAAGCUCGAAGAUCGUGUGUUCCUUGUCACGGGGGCCACCUCUGGCAUCGGCGAGUUCACAGCCGAGCUGCUUGCGAAGGAGCGCUGUACGCUCAUUGUGCACGGGCGUGAUCCAGCCAAGGUCGAAUCCUUGGUCAAGUCCUUGCAGAAGUUUGGUGCCAAAGUCCAUGGAUUUGUGGCCGACCUGAGUCUGACAUCUGAGGUUCGGAGGCUUGGUGAAGAUGUGUCGAAGCAGUUUCCAGUGAUUCACGGCUUGCUCAACAACGCAGGUACCUUCGCAGGGGACUACACAGGCAAGCGAAAGGUGACGCCUGAAGGCAAUGAAUACUCGCUGGCAGUCAACGUACUGGCGCCAUUUUUGCUCACGUCGCUGCUUCUGGAAAACGUCCGCGCGUCCGGCGCAGGCCGCGUCCUCAUCACUUCGUCUAUCUCAGCCGGCUCAACGGAUGCCUUGUCGGACCUACAAUGUGAGAAGCACUGGUCGGACCACAGAGCGUACGAGCUAAGCAAGCUUUGUGCCGCGUGUCUGCAGAGUCGCCGGGAUUUCAGGGACGUCCGGAGUUCCGAAUGA